UGAAGGUCCUGGACACCAGGGAGAAGGUUGAGUUGCUCCAUUGAUAUUUUGUGUUUGUUUUCUUUGCCAAGAAGAAUGACUUGGGUACUGGAAAUGGAACAGAAGCGGCUGACAGGCACUCAUCCCCAAGAUAAAUAAUGAGAGAGAAGAGAGCACCCAGCUGCCCUUGCUGAAUUAAGAGGAAUGAUGGCCAUGCUUUUGCAGGUGAAGAAAGAAGGGAUGGGCAGAUGGGACUGCAGAUAUGCCAGGUGUAUUGCAAAGAUCCAGGAAAGCGCAGAAAAGAGGAGAAAACAUACCUCAGUUCUCUACAGCACUGAAAGUCGGUGGGCGUGGAGCACUACAUACACUGUUAAUGCCUCGUUGGGAAACAGUGCUACACAAAGGGGGAGAGUGAGGAGGGAUAGCAUUCCUGGCAUGGAGAACAACCAGUUCAAAGGUCCAGAGGUGGAAGAUGGAGUGUAUGAAGAUCAGCAGGAAGGGAACCCUUCAGUGGGUGAAGAGCAAGGUGUCAUCUCCUCCCCAAGCUCUUCACCUGACAGCAAGCAGAAGAAAAUCGCAAGAGAGAGCAGUCAGGGAGUGGCCAGAUUCAAUAACAUCUGGGAGCUGAAGCUGCACCAAGAAGAUGACCUGAGCUUGGAAGCCUCGUGCCUAGAGCAGUACUGGGAAGCAGCUGGUGAGGCUUAUGCUGAGGUGGCCAAGGACCAAAGUUCUCAAGAUUCUAGGGGAACUGAGCCAGAGUUGUCCUUCCCUUUUGUCUGGCCUGACGAGGCCCCAUGCCCCUCAAGGCCAGAAUCCCGUAAUCACUACCAACCCUUCAAGCAUUUGGGGAAGGCAAAGCAAUUAGGUCCCAGACGGAACAAUGAAGAGUCCUGUGUUCCAGAAACAGGGAUGGAUUGUGCCGGCCGCACCGUGCACUCUCCUCCUAUAAGGAGCAGGCUGCCAGGGUCAUACUAUUUACCAGUCUUUGGAUACGGUCCGUGGAGUCACGAAGAGUCGGACACCAGUGAAUGCCUGAGCAGCAGCAGCAACAAGGAGACAUCCAGUUUGACAUACCCAGUGGGCAGUUGGAGGUCAGCAUAG